AUGGAUGCCAGGGCCGCACCUACUCAGCCGGGCACCAACCCCGGCGGCAAGCUCAACAAUGCGCUGUCGGAUUUUGCUUUGUCGUUUGUCAAGAAGGAGCUGCAACAGCUAGCCCGGGAGUGCGACGACAACCUGGGCCGUAACUACGUCCCGAGGCUCCGCGCGCUCUUGCGGGAGGUCGACAGGGAGCGCGACGCCUUCGAGCAUGAGAAACAGCAGCUGGUCAAGGGAUUGCGCGCGAAGCUCGAGCUUCUCCAGGUCGACGAUGACGCUGUUGACGACGUCGUCGCUCAACUGCAUGCAAUGGGCCCCAAGUACCUCGGCGCCAUCCCAAGCGCCUCGACACUUACUAUACGCCCGCCGACGCCCACUAUGUCGCCCACCAUGUCGCCGUCCCGCGAAAACAACUACUUCAGCACAGUCCUAAGCGCAGAUGCACGCCUGAACGGCCUGGCUGCCGCUCCGCAGAGCCCUAUCAGAGAGAGGUCGGCUCCCGGCUUGCUGCAUCACUCAUCUCCCGCAGUAGCGCAUGGGUCACCCCUCGCUAUCACUAGUAUCGAUCGCCAAGUGCAAUACCAAGUCAUUGGCGAAAGUUCUCUAGCAAUUAAGAGUCCGAAAAGACCGAGGGUUGAAGGACGCAGCAACAGCGGAACUCUGCCCAAGCGCCAAAAAGUCGUGAGCGAAAAGCGUAAAGGUUUUUUCGUCAUCCGAUGUGACAGACCCGGCUGUUCAUCUGGCUAUUUCAGGGAGCCACCGCUGGUGUACAAUCGGGCCAUGAAGCAUUUCCAGAAGCACGGUGAAAUUGGACCUGAUGACGGGGAGUUGACCAACGAUUACAUCUUCGACAAGUUUGCCUGUCAAAUCGAAGGGUCCGACUUGGCCAGCAAAUAUUGGAUCAAGGAACACCUUGGAACGGUGCCACAUACCUUCAUCCCUGGGAAAACGCCGAGGAUCAGGGCUGCCCCUGAUGACAAUCCAGAGCUUUCGGUCGAUCAUGAGGAGGUCAAUGAAGAUUUCGUACUGUCUGACAAGACUCAAGGUUCGAUUCAUGCCCGUCAGUCGGACGACGAGUCGGAGCCUGAGAAACCACGCCGCACACCUCGUAGUGUACCACGUCCAGAUUACGCCGAGCUGGUUGCCAACAAAGACCCCUGUAAUGGAUCCGACGCAGAUAGCGAGAAGACCUCCCAGACCACGAAAGCUUCCCGAGCCAGUUCGAGAAAACGCAAGGUUAUGAGGCUCAGUGGUACGGCCUCGCCCACCACAUCGAAGAUUGCAACUCCUCUCGUAUCGACAGUCAAGACUGUCGGAAUAAUGGAGCUGAAUAAGUACGUCAGCACCAGCCCUCUCGAUGAGAAAGACCUCGGCUCAACGAAUCUAGACCCUUUGGCUACACUUCCGAACAGUGGCCCAGGAGAUCAGCCCCUCGCUAGGCAUCCUGACAACAAUACGGCUGUUCAUCACGAAGCGUAUCUCGACAGAUUAUCCCUCACCGUCCAGACCGACAGAGACCGCAUGAGAUCAUUUCGCAAGCAGCGUGUAGACAUCUACGGAGAUGUACUAUCGCAAACUCAUCGCUCAUCUAAGCCUGAAUCUGUCGAAUCAAGUCUAUGA